AAGAAAGGAUAUUCGUUACAUUGUCGUUAAGUUGUUAUUAUAAUUUUUGAGAAGAAGCAGCAAUUGAAGCAAAGUCUCACCAAAACCAAAUCUAUACAGUUAGCCCCAGCAAGCAUUAAAAGAGCCAAAGCGCAACAAAAAAAAAAGAAAAUUCAAUUGAAAUUCAAAUAAAAGCGAAAAGAAAGGAAAUCAAACGACGAAAUAAAAGUCCCCCCUUUUUUGACAUAAAAAUAAAAAUUAAAAAAUUAAUUUGCUUAAAAAAAAAUCAAAGCGUUUUAAUAAUAUAUAAUAAAAUCACACGAGCGUUGUUGAAAAUUACCAAAGUGUACUCGUUUAUAUACAUAGUGAAUUUUGCUGAAACGCGACACUUUGCCACAAAUCAAAAAUUUGUAGGAAAACAAAAACCCAAAAAAUCAUUUCACAUUAUUUUAAAGAUUGUUUCGAGAAAGGUGAAAGUUAAAGGGCAUAUUAGAAUUAUUGGUCUGUGAUAAGUGAUUGUCAUGUCAGAAUUUUAUAGUGGAAAUCAUAAAAUAGUUUUAGCGAAAAAUCACGCUUUUAACAAUAACAACAUUUAAAGAUCGCAUGAACGCUCCUAAAGCAAACGGAAAACAUCCAAACAGUUCGGUUUCAUAACUCAACAUUUUAGAAAUUUCUGAAAAAGCAAAACAGCUACAAAACGGUGCAUAUGUAUACACAAAACACUAAAUAUAAAUAAAAAGAUAAUUAGACAAAAUAUAAAAAAAAAUCACUGAUUCCCAGAAAACCAACGAGAGAGAAAUCAAAAGUUCGCGACAAUUGAUUGUUCCACGCGAAACUCAACCCAAAAAACCGCGUGUGAUCAAAAUCCAAAAAUAAACACAGCCACCGCACGAUCAACAUUUGAAUACAAAAACAAAACCUAACACCAAAUCUAACAAAAAUCUAAUUCGGGCAGCCCAACAUUAAGCAAUAAAUAGCCACAAUAACCGCCACCUCCGCCGCAGACGAUCCAGUAAACAUGUUGGCGAUGCCGACUCUCAUGAUGCCAGCCACAGCACAAAUGACGAUCAGCAGCCAACCCCUGUCGGUGGGUGCGCCGCACGCCAAACCCUACGAGACCAAAUUGCUGACCAUUCAUCAAUCGCAUAUGCAGCAGUCGCACCAUCAGAGCAGCGCUGCGGUUGCUGUUAGUAAACAACAACAACAACAGGCACAACAGGCUCAGCAAAUGUCAGCCAAUCAACAGGCUGUUGUGCAGCAACAGCAGCAGCAGCAGCAACAACAGGCCGCACAAGUAGCGCAUCAGCAACAACAAGCCGCUGUAGUGGCUCAACAACAGCAGCAACAAGCUGCCGCCGCUGCUGUAGCUCAACAUCAUCAGCAACAACAAGCUGCAGCCGCUGCUGCAGCAGCUGCUUGUGUAGCACAGCAGCAGGCUUGCGUUGCAGUGCAACAGCAGCAGCAACAACAACAGCAACAGCAGCAAUAUCAGAUACACUCGCAGCAGCAGUCGCCGCAGCAGGUGAUGAGCAGCAGUUCGCCAAAGCAAGAACAAUUUCAUAUUUUCGUCGGCGAUUUGAGCUCAGAAAUCGAAACUCAACAAUUACGUGAAGCUUUUACACCAUUCGGUGAAAUUUCUGAUUGCCGCGUCGUACGCGAUCCACAAACAUUGAAAUCCAAGGGUUAUGGAUUUGUGUCAUUUGUCAAAAAAUCGGAAGCCGAAAGCGCCAUUACGGCAAUGAAUGGACAAUGGCUGGGCUCGCGUUCGAUUCGAACGAAUUGGGCUACACGAAAACCGCCGGCGAGUAAAGAAAACAUUAAGCCAUUAACAUUCGACGAGGUCUACAUUCAAAGCAGCCCAUCAAAUUGCACCGUUUAUGUGGGUGGUGUCAACAGCGCCUUAACUGCGCUCAGCGAGGAAAUCCUACAGAAGACCUUCUCGCCGUACGGCUCGAUACAGGAGAUACGCGUCUUUAAGGAUAAGGGCUACGCAUUUGUGCGCUUUUCGACCAAGGAGGCCGCCACACAUGCAAUCGUUGGCGUGCAUAAUACGGAAAUCAAUGCGCAGCCUGUGAAGUGUUCGUGGGGCAAGGAGAGCGGUGAUCCGAAUAAUGCACAGACAAUCGCCAGUCAGGCGCUUAAUCCAGCUGCUGCCGCUGCAGCCGGCUUCCCGUAUAGUGUGGGUGCAGCAGCUGCGGCUGCCGCUGCCUAUGGACAACAGUUGGCCGCCACCGGUUGCUGGUAUUCGCCAACGCCAACAUAUUCCGCUUCGUCGACCACAGCGGCUGUAACACCGGCUGCUGCUGCCUCCGCUGCCGCGGUGCAGAAUCAAUUCUUGCAAGGCAUUCAGGGAUAUCAUUUCGGACAGUAUGGUGGCUAUCAGCAAGGAUAUAUGGGCAUGGGCGUACAGAUUCCCGCCACUUGGCAAGGCGUUGCCACCCAAGCGCAAAUCUCACCUGCACAACAGUUGGCGACGGGCGUUCCUGGUGCUGGGAUACCGCAAGCUGCCGGCGUCGUCGCCUAUCCGAUUCAGCAAUUUCAAGUGAGCCCACAGUUGCCAGAAGAUGAAUGGUUAGCAGCAAAUUUAAUCUGUUAGUUAUAAGUGAAGUUAUGUUGUAAUUAUAUGGAGACAUGCAUUCAAGAAAUACUUUAUGUAUAUAUAACUAAUCAUACAUAUUAUAUGUUAUUAAUAUGUAGGAGAUCUGUAACCGGAAGAGUAUAAUUGAUAUGUGUGCGCAUAUAAAUUACUGAUAUUUACAGGCAUAAAUUCAUACUAAAAUAGCGCGAAAAGUAGUAGAAACACAACAAAUUCAAUGGGACAAUUUCUGAAACACGCAAGGUAUAUAUGCAAAAUAAGGAUAUUCAUUACAGGAUUUAAUAUGAGAGUCGAACUAUGACGGGCGCCUUUUAGGAUGUCAGCAAUAUUUAUUGAUAAAAACAACAAUUUUUGGUUCUUUUAUUGUUUUUGUUUUUUGUAUUGCCAGUAACAUCAAUAAAUUUAUUAUUGAUUGUAAUAUUUUUAUAUACUAUAUGGAUUUUCAAAAGUUGCUUUUUAGCUGCAGAUUCCCUUGAGUUCUGGGCAAACAGCUCUUACAGUCCAAUGCAGAAGACUAGGUAAUUAUAAUGUUGUCGGUUGUAAAUAUGGAAUAGUUUUACAUUUCGAAAUAUUCGCCUAUAAAUUUUUAUACAAAACAAUUUCCAAAGUUCAGAAUUCUUCUUGAAUUGAAAGUUUCAUACAUUUUUGAAGAAAAGCUUGGGCUGUCUCAUAAAAUCAAUUAAUUUUUCGAAAAA